AUGGAUGUGGCAAUGAAGUCGUGGGAGCUCGACAACGACGUCAAGUUGGUCGACCCCACCCGCGAUGCUCUCUAUCGCUAUGACAAGGCUGCCCAAAAGAAAAUCGACAACGCAAAACCCUGGCGCCAGAACCCCAACCACUUCAAGCAUGUACGCAUCAGCGCCGUCGCACUCAUCAAGAUGGUCAUGCACGCCCGCUCCGGCGGCGAGAUCGAAGUCAUGGGCCUCAUGCAAGGCUAUGUCUCCGAAGACACAUUCAUCGUGACCGACGCCUUCGGCCUGCCCGUAGAAGGAACCGAGACCAGAGUCAACGCCCAGGACGAUGCGAACGAGUACAUGAUCGAGUACCUACGGCUGAGCAGAGAGCAAGGUUCCCGGGAAGAGAACGUCGUCGGUUGGUAUCACAGUCACCCCGGCUAUGGAUGCUGGCUAUCCGGUAUCGAUGUCAGCACGCAGGAGCUGCAGCAGAAGUUCCAGGAGCCGUUCUGUGCCGUCGUCAUUGACCCCGAUCGAACAAUCAGUGCAGGAAAGGUGGAAAUCGGUGCCUUCAGAACAUAUCCAGAAGGUUACAAGGCAGACGGCUCAGCCAACGCAAACAAGGACGGUUCCGCAGCUGGUGGCCGUUCAGUACCCCUGGCCAAGGCAGCAGACUUUGGCGCUCAUGCCGACAAAUAUUACAGCCUCGAGGUCUCCCACUACAAGUCAACACUCGAUACGUCUCUGCUAGAGCUGCUGUGGAACAAGUACUGGGUCCAGACGCUUUCACAAUCACCAUUGUUCUCCAAUCGCGAUUAUGGCAAGAAGCAAAUGCUGGAUCUUGGCAGCAAAAUCCGCGAGGCCACGACGAUGCUUGGCCGGCACAGUAGGGGCGGCGGUCAGAUGUUUGUUAAUAACAAGACGGUCGACAAUGAGCUCGAGAAGCUCGUGCGAGAUAGCCAGGCGGUCGUGGGCAAGGAGACACAGGGUCUAGCAGCGACUGACGUCAAGGCGAAGCUCUUCAAUGGCUUAGGCAAUGCCGGAGCCGUUCCGCCCGUCGCUACUCCCGCACAGCCCGCGCAGAAUGCUUAG